CGCCACUCGCCAGUCUGUCUGUGCAGCCUUGCAGGCUUUUUAUUAAACUGUAGCGUUUAUUAAUAUCGACGAUAAUCUGUACAAUACCGAUUCAAGAUUAUGCUUUAAUACAAUGACGAAGUACUUACAUUAUUUGUUUUACAUCUUUCUGUCAUGGCACGUCGCCACGGUCUCGUCCGCCGAUCACUUGCUAGAAGGUAUUUAUUGUGGAAAAGAAAACUGUUACGAAGUGUUAGGGGUCAACAGAGACGUGACAAAAAAUGAAAUCGGAAAGGCAUACCGCCAGCUGGCGAGGAAAUACCACCCGGACUUGCACAGAGAUCUGGAGGCUAAGAAAGUUGCUGAAGAGAAGUUCAAGCAAAUCGCCACCGCAUACGAAAUACUUCGAGAUGAAGAAGAAAGGGCAGACUACGAUUACAUGCUUGACAACCCUCAGGAGUACUACGCACAUUACUACAGGUACUACCGGCGGCGCAUGGCACCUAAAGUGGAUGUUCGAAUCGUGAUUGCUGUCACUAUCUCAAUUAUAUCAAUAAUCCAGUACUACAGCGCCUGGUCCAAGUACGACACGGCUAUUAAGUACUUUAUGACUGUGCCAAAGUAUAGAAACAAAGCUCUAGAAAUUGCGAAAGCUGAAACUAAGGAACUAAACUCAAAGAGUAAAGGGAAUAGAAAAAGCAAGACAGAGCAAAAGGAAGAGCAAGAUAGAAUCAUACGCAGAGUUAUUGAAGAGAACAUGGACAUAAAAGGAGCCUAUGCGAAGCCAGAAAUCACAGACAUUCUCUGGGUGCAGCUAAUAAUACUACCUUAUACUAUUUCUUAUUAUAUUUAUUGGUACAUGAGGUGGUUUUGGAAGUUUACGAUUUUAAGGCAGCCAUAUGAAGAGCAGGAGAAAUUAUAUCUAAUUAGAAAGUACAUGAAGCUAGGUCAGCACCAGUUUGACUCAUUAGAAGAUAGCGAGAAGCAAGAGUUCCUUGAUGAAGAGUUGUGGAUUAAAGAUAACUAUGUAGCUUGGAAGUCAGUUAAAGAUGAAGAAGCUAAGAAGGCUUUAGCCGAUAAUAACAAAUACAAACAGUAUCGGAGGUACAUCAAGUCACAUGGGGUGGGCCGGAUGACAUUUGAUGACUCUUGAUGUUGUGAUAUUAAUGUUUACUCUACUCUUAGCUCUGUUCAACCAAAAUCACUUUUGUACUGUCUUAUUUAUUUAUAUUAUCAUGACAUCCUUUGAAGAGGUAAGGAUAAUGCAUUUAAAUCUAUUUCUCACAAAUAAAACUUAAGUUAUACAA